AUCUUGUCAGGACAAAAGAUGACAACAUUUACAGAGGUGCUGCUGCAGACUUUGGAGGAUCUGGGAGAUGAUGACUUUAAGAAAUUCAAGUGGUACCUGUGGCAGAAAGGGGCUCUAGAUGGGUUCCCAGAAAUCGGAAAGAGUCGCCUGGAGAAUGCAGACAGGCUGGACACAGUGGAUCAGAUGGUCCAGACCUACGGUACCAACACUGUUAAAGUCACUAGAAUUGUUUUGGUGAAGAUUAAUCAGAACAAUCUGGUGGGGAAUUUCUCACACACCAUCUCAAAAUCCACAGAGAUUCUUGUUGGGUGUCGACGUAAACUUAAGUCCAACCUGAAGAAGAAGUUCCAGUGUGUGUUUGAGGGGAUUGCUAAAGCAGGAAGCCCAACCCUUCUGAAUCAGAUCUACACAGAGCUCUACAUCACAGAGGGAGGGACUGGAGGGGUCAGUGAUGAACAUGAGGUCAGACAGAUGGAAACAGCAUCCAGGAAACCAGUCAGACCAGAAACAACCAUCAGACAGGAAGACAUCUUUAAACCCCCACCUGGAAGAGAUGGACCAAUCAGAAGAGUGAUGACAAAGGGAGUGGCUGGCAUUGGGAAAACAGUCUUAACCCAGAAGUUCACCCUGGACUGGGCUGAAGGCAAAGCCAACCAGGACAUCCACUUCACAUUUCCAUUCACUUUCAAAGAGCUGAAUGUGCUGAGAGGGAAGAAGUUCAGCCUGGUGGAGCUGGUUCAUCACUUCUUUACUGAAACCAGAGGAAUCUGCAGCUUUGAACAGUUCCAGGUCGUCUUCAUCUUUGACGGUCGGGACGAGUGCCGGCUUCCUCUGGACUUCCACGCCACUGAGGUCCUGACUGAUGUCACAGAGUCCACCUCAGUGGAUGUGCUGAGCGGCUGUAACCUGUCAGAGAGAAGCUGUGAAGCUCUGUCCUCAAUUCUCAGCUCCCAGUCCUCUAGUCUGAGACACCUGGACCUGAGUAACAACGACCUGCAGGACUCGGGAGUGAAGCUGUUGUCUGCUGGACUGAGGAGUCCAGACUGUAGACUGGAAAGUCUUAGCCUGUCAGGCUGUCUGGUCACAGAGGAAGGCUGUGCUUCUCUGGCCUCAGCUCUGAGCUCCAACCCCUCCCAUCUGAGACAGCUGGACCUGAGCUACAACCAUCCAGGAGACUCAGGAAGGAAGCUGCUGUCAGCUGGACUGGAGGGUCCACACUGGAGACUGGACUGUCUCAGGCUGGACCAUGGUGGAGAGCGCAGGUUAAGGCCCGGUGUGAGGAGGUGGGCCUGUGACCUGGAAUUGGACCCAAACACAGUGAACAGGAAGCUCAGAAUGUCUGACAACAACAUGACGGUGACAUUAGUGAGAGAGAAUCAGCCAUAUCCAGAUCACCCACACAGAUUUGACCGCUGCUGUCAGCUGCUGUGUACAACUGGUGUGACUGGUCGCUGUUACUGGGAGGUCAAGUGGAGUGGAAGUGUCGAUUUGUCUGUGAGCUACAGGGGAAUUAGCAGGAGAGGAGACCUUGACGACAUUGUGUUUGGAAGGAACGGUCAGUCGUGGAGCCUGGAGUGCUUUAAUGGAGGUUACUACGUCUGGCACAGAAACAAAAAAACGUCAGUCUCCUCCAUCUUCUCCUCUUCCUCCUCCUUGGUGUCUGACAGAGCAGCAGUGUAUGUGGACUGUCCUGCCGGCACUCUGUCCUUCUACACAGUCUCCUCUGACACACUGGUCCACCUCCACACCUUCAACACCACAUUCACUGAACCUCUUUAUCCUGGGUUUGGGUUCUGGUCUCCUGGUUCCUCAGUGUCUCUGUAGGAAACACAACGUCUGUUCCUGCAGUUUAGUUGUCAGUGCACGAGCUUUCACUUUGGUUUACAGAGCAUUUGCUUCACCGGUUGUGCCUUUAAUGCCAGAACUUAUUUCGUCUUGGUAGCAGUGAUGUUAUUUUCUGCCACUGUAAAAUCUGUUGUCACUGGUUCUGUAGCAGCUUUGUUGUGUUGUUCAGUCGAGUUUCAGGCACAAACAUUUGUUCCAGGCAAAUAUACGUUUGUUUCAUUUGGCAUGAGUUUACAAAUUCAAAUCCAUUGUUUAAAAAUAUUGUAUGUGAAUGUGAAAACGGUUUGUUAGAGACAUUAACUCUGUUGUUCUGAGCAAACUGUUGUAAAGUGCACUAACAGGCUGAUGCGGUGUUGGUGAGGAGCAGCUGUGAAUAAAGAGCGCCGUCAGCGGUGAUGGCUGGAGCGAAGCAC